UAUCUCGUUUGUACAAAUGUGCGUACACUGUCCAGAUGUUGGUUUUUAUGUCCAAGCAAAUGCAUACCCAGAGGAAAAUAUUGUUAGUGAACACAGCGAGGACGAACAGAAGAAUAUUCACAGUGAGGUGAUCCGGUCAAAUCAGACGAAGGAAAUCUCAAUUCAAUUUUGUGUGCAGCCGAGCACAUGGCACUAUGCCAAGCUGACAUUUGUUAGCAAAGCGGAAGAAGUUAAGAAUGGGACAGGAAAAAAAGCCACACUGACCGAAGGAGAUGCAGCAACCGAUCGCUUCUUAGAAUCUGAGCUUCGUUUGUUGAAAAAGCUCAUUGAUAAACCAAAAUUGGAUCUGCCGGACCAAAAUUUAUCGUAUGCUAUGCAAAUUGAUUUUCAUCUUCCAGAGCCUAUCACUGAGUUAAAGAGAAAAAACAUGCAUGCUGAAAACGGUACCAACAACUUUAACGCAUGGACGCCGACGCGCUUUCGUCACAUGAACUUUUAUUCACUGCUGCGACAAACAUAUCGCGAGUUCUUUAUGUUUGAUUAUGAUCUCAAGCCAGAUGAAAAUGGCACCGUCCCUGGCGUCCUUAACUUAACGACAGAAUCUGCUUCAGGAUUCUCAUUUGACCUCGGCGAAGUGAAUGAUAUUGGGGGCACACUGACAUUCGCAGUGUCUAUGAAGCAUGCUCUCCAUACAAAUUCGGAUAUAAAGAUGCCUCCCCCCAUACUUUCGCCAGCCUCCGAUCGUGGUGGCAUACUAGCUGAAAAACUUAUAAGCGAUCGGGAAGACACUGAACUGCCAGAAGACCAAAUACUCAUAAAAUCCAAUAAUAACAGCAUACAAAUAGUUGUUUGUAUGCAAUUGGGCGAGCCCGGAGUUCCCAUAUGGCCGGAUAAAUGCCGGUACGGACAGCGUCUGAGACACGCCUCUAAAAUAGUAAACAACACGGAUAGCGUUGGUCUAAUUCAUGUUCCCUUUCCUGAAAGUGGACGAUGGUAUGUGACCAUGGGACUCUACUGCCAUGGACCAAAAACGUCACGUAGUACAACAAUCGAUAGUAUCAGACAAUUCGUUGGACAUCAUAAAAACCUCCUGAACGAAAUGCGCUCUCCGUGCCCCUGUGCUAGUGCUGCUAAAGAAUACGAUGCCUGUAUAAAAUCGAAAGACUGCUUGGAUGGAAUGAAUGAAACGGAGACUUUAAAAGUGAAGGAGUGCAUGAUGGAUUAUCAAUGCACUUCCAACUACGACGACAUGGCACGACUAUUUGAGAUACAUCACAAAACUGCGACGGAGGAAUAUGUUGCAGUCAAUAACUGUAACACCUCAGUGGUAUUUUCUGUGUCAUCGAGCCCUUGCGUGGCAGGACGUUGCGGCAACUUUGGCCGCUGUUAUCACUACAUGCCCGGCGGCUUUGUUUUUUCCACAUGCGUAUGCAUGAAGGGAUAUCGCGGCUGGGACUGUACAGAACAUUCCCAGGUUCCUACAAAUAUGUCCAUCCUACUUGCAUCCUUGCUACUAACUUUAAGUAACUUGAUUUUCUUUCCGAGCAUUUACGUCGCUCUGAGUCGCCGCUACUUUACAGAAGGCGUCAUUUAUUUUUUUGCAAUGUUCUUUUCGACUUUCUACCAUGCCUGCGAUUCGGGCGAGGAGGAGUAUAGUUUUUGUCUGGUAAAAAUUGGUGGGUUACAGUUUUGCGAUUUCUAUUGCGGACUUUUGGCUAUCUGGGUAACACUUGUGGCUAUGGCCGACAUCCGACAACAGCUUGCGGCUCCUUUGCAUAUGUUUGGUGCUAUUCUACUAGCAUUUGGAACAGAGCUUAAUAAACAGAGCCUAUGGGUCUUUCUCGCACCAGCCUUGACUGGAAUCUGCCUAAUUUCGACCAGCUGGGGCAUUCGCUGUGCCAAAACCCGCAAAAUGUACCCGUCUCGUCGCUACUUGACAGUUUGGCUACCUUUUGGCAUUUGCUUGGUCUGUGUAGGAUUAGUGUGUUAUGCUUUUCUGCAAACGAAGCAAAACUAUCACAUUAUUCAUUCAAUAUGGCAUAUAGUUAUGGCACUGAGCAUUUUAUGUUUAUUGCCUUCACGAAUCUCAUGUACGGCGAAAUGCUAGAAUUUUUAGAUAGCCUAAUGAAUUAAAGAAAGAUUGAUAUUUCUACAUAACAGAUCCCAUUAUGUCUUUUAAUGGCAGUUUUAAAUUUAAAAAAAUUGUAAUUGUUUAAUUGU